ACUCAGAGGUACCAUCCAUCCUUAUAAUCUUUGUUAGGGAAAUGACAGUCUAAAACUGAUUUUCGUAGCUGAACCACAGAAGUGUAAAUUAUAAACUUUGUGGCUGAACUUUUGUAGUGUCUUACUGGAAAGUUUUUUUAAUUAUUUAUUUCUGUGUUGAAUAUUCGAAAACAAGUACGAAUAAUCACGUUAAAAUUUGAUAUAUAAAGUUUCAAAAUAAAUAUUAAUAAAAUAAUAAGUACUCAAAAUUAUUAGGUAGUUUGUACCUAAUCACAAAGAUAGUGAAGGCCACAAAACAGAAGAUAUUUCGUAUGAUCAACAAAUAUGAACUUUUCCCUGACAAUCAAAGUUGUCAAAACAGUUGGCAAAAUAAAUGAAUAAAUAUUCUUAUGAAAAAUGGCUGCAGCAUUUUCCUAUGAAGAUCUGCGAAAGCAGGCAAGGCAACUAGAAAAUGAAAUCGACCUAAAGUUAGUAGCGUUUAGUAAAUUAGGUGCUGGAAUUAAAACUCCUAGUACUGGAAAUCCAGACACUAUACCCCUUUUAUCUGGAGAUGACACUUUUGAAGCAAUGUCUGUGGAAAUUGAAGAGCUACUAAAUAAAUUAACACAAAUAAAUGAUAGACUGGCAGAGCAACCUGUAACAGGAGCUGCAAUGAUGCACACUUUACAAAGACAUAAAGAUAUAUUAGCAGAUUUAUCAAGAGAUUUUAGGAAAACAAAUUCAUUAAGGGAAAGCCAAAGACAACGAGAGGAUCUUUUACGAGGUUCAGAUAAUUUUAGAACAGAUGGAGUUAAUAAUAGAAGAGAUGUAUAUUUAAAAGAAAAUCAGCACAUACAUAAUUCUGAUCGUCUCGUAAAUGAUCAAAUAUCGAUAGCAAUGGAAACAAGAGAACAUUUAACAUCACAGAGACAAACCUUAAAAAGGCUACAAACCAGAUUCAAUGAUAUUUCGAACAAGUAUCCUUUAAUUAAUAGUUUAAUCCAGAGAAUUAACAUUAGAAAACGACGAGAUUCUAUUAUUUUGGGUUUGGUUAUAUCUUUUUGUACAAUUUUAAUGUUGAUUUAUAUUUUCAGCUAAAACAGCAAUAUUUAAGAUAGUAUAUAUUAUGUUUAUUGAAUAAUUUCAAAUUUAUGGUAUGUGAUAGGCUCAAAAAUAAUCAUUUAUAAGAGUUCUUUAUAUAUUUACUAUAAUAAAAUACUAAUAGCAUGAAAUAUUAGAUAGCUUUGAACAGUUAUUGUCUCUUAUAUAUAUGAAGUAUUUUAUGUUACCCAAAUUUCAACGACAAUCAUUGAAGAAAUUCAUCUUCAAAUAAAACUUUUCUGUAUUCUGAUCAUAUCUUUAUUGUGUACAUUCAAUGAUGGUCAAACUACAUGAGAACAAAUCUGAAAUUAAGAAAAAUUAUUCCAAAUAAUUUCAGAGAUACACAGUUUACUCUGAAGAUGAUAACUUGGUUAUCAAAACGCGCGUCAGCAAGUGUAAUUCUGAGUGUUGGUGUAACCUGUAUGUUCAGUAUGAAUAUAAUAUUGCAAACAUUUGUAAUUUUUUCUAAAUUGAUAUCCCUGGAUACUGCUGUUUCAUAGCUGUCAUUUAAAACUAUUUUAGAAUCCUUAAAAUUGUGUUGAAUGUCCUAAAAACAGUGUUAUUAAUUGAUAACUUAUCUAAAACUUGUUGAAUUCAUCUUGGAUUCGGAAACGAAACUGGCUUUCUAUUUUCAUUUACAGUUAGGAGCUAGAUGACAGAUUUAAAAAAUAAUAUAGAAAAGUUAAUUACAUAUUUCUUGAUUUAUUAUUAUAGACCAAUGUGUUUUUAAAGUUUGAUGAAGCAUAGUUUCAAGAUAAGAAUAAAAUAGAACAAAUCUUUGUAAAAACACCCAAAAAGAAAUCCAGAGGAAGUAAUUUCCUACAAAAUGGAAUCGAAACAAGGACGCAUAAUAUUCAUAAGAUUGUUUUAAAAUUAAUUUUUAGUCUCGUUUCUAUUAUUUUAAACGAGAUCUCAUUAAAUUUACUAUUCUACAUCUAGACAUCUUAAUAGUCUAUAGCAUAGAUUAUUUUUCGAUUGUACUAUUAGUUUCUGCUACAGACACCAAGCCAAAGGACUCUCUACACUCUCAUUAUGUUCACAUGUCUAUGCAAGUCUAAAGUAGUAGUAUGAUUUUGCCAGUAUAAUUUGAUGCUUUUAUCCCUGUAAAAAUAAUAAAAAUGGAAAUAGCUACUCAAUUUGAUAUUAUUGCAAUUUGCUAUUAUGAUUACUGUUCACUAACCUAAAUUACACUGUUUUAAUAUUAAAGUUAUCGUUCUUAGAGAUUAGUGUGUAUCUCACCAACGGUUUCAGAAAUUUGAACUUCAGACGAUACUCAGCAAAUUAUAAAUCCUAAAAUACAAGUUUGUCAAUCUAAUAUUUUAUGCACAGAGUGGAGUAUCAAUCAUUUACUCACAGUAAGUAAUGAGAUAAAUAUUUAUCAAUCUUUUUUGAAAUUAGCAGUUAACGAAAUAGGGUAUAGUGAAUUACACAGGUAUAGAUGUUUUUAAAGAUAAAGAUUUGGUCGUACAUUUCAUUAACAAGUUUUCAAUAAUUUUGUUUUUAAUAAAUUUAUAACCGUUUAAA